CCAGGAGCCAUCCAUCCACCAGACUAUCGCGACACCCAUUGCGCCGCCAUGCCGCCCCGAUUGCUACCGCCCAGCACAGCCGCGUGCUGCAGGGUCAGCGCGCGCUCUCCCAUCACCUCGCUGACGGCUUGCCUCGCAGGCAUGACGCUACAGCAGACGCGGCAGGCCUCGAUCGUCGGCAGCCUUACCUACAACAAGGGCGCCAAACACCCGAAGAAGCGCGUGGGCCGCGGCCCUUCGUCCGGCCACGGCAAGACGUCGGGUCGUGGCCACAAGGGCCAGAGGCAGCACGGCAAGGUGAACCCGUGGUUCCAGGGCGGCCAAACGCCGCUGGUGGUGAAGCACGGCACGAUGGGGUUCACGAACUUCCGAGCACCGAAAAUGGCGGAAGUGAACCUCGAUAAGAUCCAGGACUGGAUCAACCAGGGCAGACUCGACCCGACGAAGCAAAUCACACCAAAGGAGCUGAUCGAGAGCAAGCUGGUCGGCAGCGUCAAGGACGGCGUUAAGAUCCUGUCGCGCGGCUCCGAAUGCCUGAAGCAGCCCAUCGACGUGAUGGUGUCACGCGCGUCGGAGGGGGCCAUCGCCGCCAUCGAGGCCGCGGGCGGCAAGGUGGUGACGAGGUACUACACCAAGCUGGCCAUUCGGCGGCUGCUGACGGGCGAGUCGGUCAACACGGACCGGCCACUGCCCGUGGGCAAGGAGCAUGUCGCGGGCGUGCUGGAGGCGGCGCGCAAGGCCCCGUUCCGGUACCGGCUGCCGGACCCGACGAGUCGUCGGGACAUUGAGUACUACCGCGACCCAGCGCACAGGGGCUAUCUGAGCCACCAGCUGGCGCCCGGCGAGUCGCCGAGUCUGUACUUCAAGGUGCCUGGGGAGCGCAAGAUCAAGAGCGAGGCCAAGGUGGAGAAGAAAGCGGUGGAGGAGACGCUGUGGUGAGGGAGACGUGGGGACGUCGGAGAUUGGGCGGCAAGGGCCGAGACGGCUCUGUGUAUUACUUUGAUGGGCCGUGUAGACGGCCACGAAUGCGGACGAUGAAGAUACAUUGUACAAUGACACUGAGCUUGAUCAGGAUAGAUGACAUACGGGCAGCCUUGCUGCUGACCUAAAUUACCGACUCAGUGGUAGACCAGAGUGUGAUUGGG